AUGGCUUUGUCAAAAACAGUAACUGAAAUGGAGUUGGAGCAUUUUGACGAAAGGGACAAAGCACAAAGAUACACCCGUGGGGGCUCACGGGCAAAUGGCCUUCCCAGUCCAACUCACAGCGCCCACUGUAGCUUGUACCGGACCCGCACACUACAAGCGCUCAGCUCGGAGAAAAAAGCCAAGAAGGUCCGCUUUUACCGCAAUGGAGACCGGUACUUCAAAGGGAUUGUGUAUGCUAUCUCCCAGGACAGAUUCAGGUCUUUCGAGGCGCUACUGGCUGACCUCACCCGCUCUUUAUCCGACAAUGUGAACUUGCCCCAGGGGGUCCGCACUAUAUAUGCCUUAGACGGGACCAAGAUCGCGGGCUUGGACCAGCUGGUGGAAGGUGAGAGCUAUGUGUGUGGAUCAAUAGAACCUUAUAAGAAACUGGAUUACACUAAGAAUGUGAACCCAAACUGGUCAGUCAACGUCCGGACCCCCUCAUCGUCCCGUACCCCCACCUCCCUAGCAAGCACGAAGGCGAGUUCUUUGGAUGCCAAGGAGAAUAAGGACUUCAUCCGACCCAAGCUGGUGACCAUCAUCCGCAGUGGGGUGAAGCCACGCAAGGCCGUAAGGAUUCUCCUCAACAAGAAGACUGCUCAUACCUUUGAGCAGGUGCUGAGUGACAUCACAGACGCCAUCAAGCUGGACUCUGGCGUUGUGAAGAGGCUGUAUACCAUCGAUGGGAAACUGGUGACUUGCCUUCAGGAUUUCUUUGGGGAAGAUGAUAUAUUCAUUGCCUGUGGUCCAGAGAAGUUCCGUUACCAGGAUGACUUCCUCCUGGAUGAGAGUGAGUGCAGGGUGGUGAAAUCCACCUCCUAUGGCCGGAUCUCCUCCAUGCAAGGCCGCUACUCCCCCAGGAGUGGAGGUCCAUCCCGCAGAAGCAAGUCUCCAGCCUCCAAUAGCUCAGCUAAUGGAACAGCAGGCAGUCAGCUCUCUACUCCACGAUCUGGAAAGUCUCCCAGUCCGUCACCCACCAGUCCGGCCAGUCUCAGACGACGAAGGGGUUCCCAGCACAGUGGCUCAUCUCUAUCUCUGGCCUCCACUAAAGUGUGUAGUUCUAUGGAUGAAGGAGAUGGGCCAGGAAGUGAGGCUGAGCUGAUGGAUGAGUAUCCUCAGAUUCCUGCCCUGAUAGCAGAGAGGUAUAAAGUGGGACGGACGAUAGGGGACGGGAACUUUGCUGUCGUGCGUGAGUGUGUGGAGAGAUCCACAGGCAGAGAGUACGCACUGAAGAUCAUCAGCAAGGCCAAGUGCAGAGGAAAGGAGCAUAUGAUUCAGAAUGAGGUGUCCAUCCUGAGAAGAGUCAAACACCCCAACAUCGUCCUGCUCAUCGAGGAGAUGGACACACAGAAUGAGCUUUACCUGGUCAUGGAGCUGGUCAAGGGCGGUGACCUGUUUGAUGCCAUCACCUCCUCCAAUAAGUACACAGAACGAGAUGCCAGUGGUAUGCUGUAUAAUCUGGCCAGUGCCAUCAAAUACCUGCACAGCCUCAACAUCGUUCACCGCGACAUCAAACCUGAGAAUCUACUGGUUUAUGAACACCAGGAUGGUAGUAAGUCUCUCAAGCUGGGAGACUUUGGUUUGGCCACAUUGGUGGACGGCCCGCUGUUUACGGUGUGUGGUACACCGACCUACGUGGCCCCAGAGAUCAUCGCUGAGACUGGUUAUGGUUUGAAGGUGGAUAUCUGGGCAGCCGGUGUCAUCACAUACAUCCUGCUUUGUGGCUUCCCUCCAUUCCGUGGGAGUACUGAUGAUCAAGAGGCUCUGUUUGAUCAGAUUCUGAUAGGUCAGCUUGAUUUCCCUCUGCCAUACUGGGACAGUGUAUCUGACACAGCAAAGGAGCUCAUUAGCUGUAUGCUGCAGGUGGAGGUGGAGAAGAGGUUCACUGCCCUGCAGGUUCUGGACCACCCCUGGGUCAAUGAUGAUGGUUUGUCAGAGAAUGAACACCAGUUGUCUGUGGCUGGAAAGAUAAAGAAGCAUUUCAACACAGGACCCAAGCCCAACAGUUCCACCGCUGGAGUCACGGUCAUAACUCCUGACGACGGGUUUGCCAUCACGCGAUCAGGGUCUUUGGACUACCCACACCCAGGGAUGUUUUGGAUAAGACCACCGCUCUUGAUAAGGAGAGGCAGAUUUUCAGACGAAGACGCCACCAGGAUGUGA